AAAAACAAAACAAAAACAGGGGCAAGCGUUUUCUUUAUCUACAGUCAUCAUGGCAACUCCACAGAGAAAUGCAGAAAACUCCAUAAAGGCGGAGGGCAACAGGACCGAGCAUACGGACAGUAUUCUGAAGUCACUGGAGAAACUUUGCAGCCUUUCUGUGGAUGAUACAACAGAGAAAGGGGUCUUGCGGUCCAGGAUAGAUGAACAGUCAAGUCUGAUUUGCAUGCUGAAACAGAGAGCAGAUGAUGUGCUUCUUCGAUGUCAAGCACUGGAGAAAAUCAAUACAGAGCUGGAGGGCCACGUAACAGACUGCCAGAAAGAACUGGAUGGUGAAAGAAAGAAAGUAAAGCAUCUAGAGAAGAGAUUUAUGGAUUUAGCUGACAUCAAUAAAGGAAUUAUUGCUUUCAUGAACAAUCAUGAAAAUCAGAAUGCUCAACUGAAGAUGGAAAACGAACAGCUGCAGUCAGAAAAUGACACACUUUUCUCCAAGAAAUUAGAAGAUAAAGAAGUGCUUGUCAAAAAACUGAUGCAAGAAAUCAAACAGCUGACAGAGAAAUACACAAAUAAGGAAAAUGAAUAUCGGGAGAAAGUAGCUGGAUUUCAGUCAAAACUCCAGGAACAAACCACUCAGCUACAAGCCAAGAAUGCAUCACUACUUGAUCAACUGCAUGAUGCUCAGCAACAACAAAGAGAUGCUGUAGAGAUGUGCAGCGACCUUAAGAUGAAGCUAGAAAAGGCCAAAGAAGAGCAUGCUUUGAGGGAAAUCAACAUGAGAGAAAGCAUAACAAGCCUCACGAAAGAGAAGGACAAACUACUGAAUCUGUCUAUGGAAAGAGGAAAAGUGAUUCAGGAGAAACAACAGGAAAUCCAGCAGCUGGAGGCAAAAUGGAUGGAAGAGAAAAAAGCCCGGGCCAAAGCAGAGGACAGGUUUGAACAGGAAGCAGAGGCCGUUAAUGCAGAUAUUAAAGUUAAGUUCCUCCAGGCUGCUCUUGAUGAAUCUGCAACAAAUUGUGGGAAGCUGAAAAAGGAUUUUGAAGCCUUCAAAGAGCACAGCACCAGCCUCCUUAUACACGAAAGGGAGUUAAAUAAGAAGCUUCGCCACAUGAUGGGCUAAACUUUAGUAUUCUGCUAGUGUUUGCUUACCAAUGUUUUCAUUAAAAACAAAUUAUUUUCCCUAGGAAUGUUUGCUCACUGAUAGUGCCAACAAUUAAAAAAAGGCCAAACUUUG